AUGUUAAAAUAGAUAGAGAAAUCUCACCCUAAAAACUAGGCUAAGCUCUAAGUUCUUAAAGACGAUUUAGUUUAAUGUUAAUAAAACGUGCAACCUUAAGUGUACUAAAUUCAAGGUAAGCUCUAAGCAUAGUAACAAUGUGUUAGUCAUUAUAACUAAUAAUCAUAGGCAGUAAGAUUGAAUGAUAUGUAUUAAAUACCUCUUUAAAAAUAAAUGGUUUAAUAAUAAUAAUAGUAAAAGUAAUAAUAAAUUUGGAAUAAACCUUAAUAGUUGCCUUAAUAAUUAAUCCAGUUAUAAAAAAACCCACAAUAACAAAUCUAGUAAUAAUAACAGUACUAGUAGUAAUAAUAACAGCAGUAGUAGUAGUAGUAAUAAUAAUAACAUUAGCGGGACUGGCUUUUAAAGACAUAAAUAUUAAUAAUUCAGAAAAUUGACUUAAAUAACGAGAUAGAUCAUUCAUGA